CAAUCUGAACUUAUACUCCAAGCAAUAAAAUGGCAUUAUUGCCGCCAUUAUCGUAUCCACCUUCACCUCCAACCAUACGUCUCCUCUCAUCUCCAAAUCCACUUCACAUACUCACAACAACUGUUUCAAAACCUAAUCCCCUCCCUUCUCUCCACCAAUCGACACCGCCAAAGAACCGAUUUGUCAUUUGCAGAGCAGUUGCCGAGAUCGGAGGGUUAGAUUCCGUUCUUCACGAUUCAUCUAUCGAUGAAGAUGUUACGGAAGAGAAGAAGAAUGUAGUAGUCCCUUACGAUUGGACUGAAGAAUGGUAUCCACUCUAUCUCACUCAAAAUAUCCCCGAUGAUGCUCCCUUAGGUCUUACUGUUUAUAACGUCAACAUCGUCCUGUAUCGCGACGGGAAUGGAGAAUUGAGGUGUUAUGAAGAUCGUUGUCCUCAUAGGUUGGCUAAGCUAUCUGAAGGGCAGAUUGUUGAUGGAAGGAUUGAAUGCUUAUACCAUGGUUGGCAAUUUGAAGGUGAAGGAAAAUGUGUCAAAAUUCCUCAGCUGCCUGCCAAUGCAAAGAUCCCUCAAUCGGCUUGUGUUCAAACCUACGAAGUUCGAGAUUCUCAAGGAGUCGUAUGGGUAUGGAUGUCACGUAAGACACCUCCAAAUACCGAUAAACUCCCAUGGUUUGAAAAUUUCGCAAAGGAGGGUAUUCAAGAAGUCUCGGCCACACACGAACUCCCAUAUGAUCAUUCCAUACUCCUCGAGAAUCUAAUGGAUCCAGCUCAUGUACCCAUUUCCCACGACAGAACUGAUUGGACUGCGAAAAGAGAAGAUGCUCAACCGUUGAUAUUCAAUGUCACCGAGCGAACAGAUAGAGGUUUCGCGGGCAAGUGGGGCCGAGGAAGAGAUGGUUCUAUGCCAAGCUUCGUCCGGUUUGAGGCUCCAUGUGUUUUACAAAACAACAUGGAGAUCGUGGAUAAGAAGGGGGUGAAAAUAAACUCGUCCGCUUUGUUUCUUUGUAGGCCGACGGGGCAAGGUAAAUCAAUGCUCAUUGUUCGGUUUGGUUCGACGAGAACCUCUCGGUUAUUUAAAUUCCUACCGAAAUGGUAUUUCCACCAAAAUGGAUCGAAACUGUUCGAGCAAGAUAUGGGUUUUUUGUCUUCUCAAAAUGAAAUUCUAUUGAGAGAAAAAUUGCCCACGAAACAACUUUACCUUAACUUGAAAUCCUCGGAUACAUGGGUAUUGGAAUAUCGAAAAUGGAUGGACAAAGUAGGCCACGGAAUGCCAUACCAUUUCGGCCAUACAACCAUUAACCUACCCGAAAAUCCAGCGGUAGUCGAACACGCCCCCGCGGGUUUACUUGCUAAUAUCUCGGCUACUAUGCCCGCCAAGGGAGGAAUUGGAACAAUGCACGCUCCAAAUCUUGCAAAUCGAUAUUUUCGACACGUGAUCCAUUGCAAGGGAUGUUCCAGCGUUGUGAAAUCCUUUCGGGUUUGGAAUAACGCUCUCAGAUUGGCAGCUGUUGUUUUGGCGGGUUUUGCUAUUCUUGUCUCUGGAAGACAAUGGAAGGCGGUUUUGUUAGUUGUUGCGUCGUUGUGUUUUGCAGGAGCUUACGGGUGCUCUUUCGCGAUAGCGAUGAACACGACCAAUUUCAUUAGGUUGCAUAGAAGAUUGUGAACAUAUUUGUAAAGAAAUAUGUUUAUUGCUAAGAGUUGUGUUCCUUAUUACAGUGAAAUCAAUAUUAAUUUAAUUACUAUCAUAAUCCUAAUCUAAUACUUUUU